AUGGACGACCGCUUCGCUGCCGUGAGCACGGACCCUCGUUUCCGGCGCUUCCCCAAGAAGGAGAGCAAAGUCAAGAUUGAUGACCGCUUCGCAGGCAUGUUCAAGGAUGCCGCCUUCCAAGGACAAGGCGCUCGGGACAAACGUGGCCGCAAGGUAAAGAGCGGUGGAAAAGGCGAAAAACUACGCUCCUACUAUCGACUGGCAGGAGACGAGGAGGAGCCCGCCGGCAAGGGCAAGCCUGUUGCGUCUGACCCCGAUUCGAGUUCUGAAGAUGAGGCGGCUGAAGCCGAGGCGCGAUGGGCAAAAAUGAGGGGUCUGGGCUCCGCGUCAUCUUCCUCCGAGUCUGAGGCCGACAGCGAUGUCGAUGAGGCAGCCAUUGAGGCCGGCGUGGAAGCUGCGGCGCAGCUGGACGCGGAGACCGAGGAGCGCGAGGAGGCGCGGGCCAGGCGCCUGUUUGGCGUGGGGGCCAUGGCCGCCAACCCGCAGGAGCAGAUCCCGCUGGUCCCCGACGCCACACCGCGGCUGGCCGUGCUCGACCUGGACUGGGAGCAUGUGCGAGCCGUGGACAUCCUGGCGGUGCUGCGCAGCUUCUGUCCCCCAAAGGGCGGGGUGCAGCGGGUCACUGUCUACCCCUCUGACUAUGGUCUGGAGCGCAUGGCGGAGGAGGCCACCGCUGGGCCCCAGGGCAUCUGGGACGCCGGAGCCGAUGGGAAGCAGGAAGACCAGGGCGGGUCUGAGGAGGACGAGGAGGGCCCGUCUGCGGGGAACGACGCCGAAAUAGAGCGGCGGCGGCUCCGGGCGUACGAGCUGUCCAGGCUGCGGUACUACUAUGCGGUCGUCGAGUGCGACGGCGCGGCAACCGCUUCGCGGCUAUACGAGGAGUGUGACGGCAUGGAGUUCCUGAAGACGGCCUGCAAGUUCGACCUCCGCUUCGUGCCUGAAGGGCAGAGCUUUGAGGGGCGGAAGGUGAGGGACACGGCAGAGGAGCUGCCCAUCGACUACGCGCCGCCCAAUUUCCAGACAAAGGCGCUGCAACACACGAAUGUGGACCUGACAUGGGAUGCAGUGGACUCUGGGCGCAAGCAGGCCCUCGGACGGAGAGUGACGGAUGAAGAGAUCCGAGAGGAUGACUACAAGGAUGGGCCGACCAGGACCAAGGACUGGGCCAAGGGCGGGGCGGAGGGGCCCGAGGCCGGCGGGGACCAGGCUGUCCGCGACAAGGACAUGGAGCUGGAGGUGACCUUCCACCCCGGGCUGGAGACCCUGGGGGAGCGCCUGCUGGCCAGGAAAAAGGCCGCCAGCGGCGAUGCGGAGUCGGUGUGGGACGCGUACAUGCGGCGGCGGGCCGAGAAGCGGGCCCAGGCCCGGCGGCUGGGAAAGAGCGGCGUGGGGAGCAGCGACGAGGACAGCGACGGCGACCCGGACCCCGCCUCCUCCGGGGACGAGGGGGAGAUGCUGCCCGCCGGGGUGGCAGACGACCCCUUCUUCCAACGCGACGAGGGGGAGGACCCCUUCGCCGACCCCUUCUUCAGCUCGGCUCCGGGGGUCCCUGGUGCCGGCAUGGCGGCCAACGCUGCCACGGCCAGGAAGAAGGAGAAACGGUCCAAGAGGGCGGAGGAGGGGGCGACGGCCGCAGAGCGCGCUGAGCUGGAGAUGCUGCUCAUGGACGAGGCCGACAUGCUGCGCAAGGCCCAGGCCGGAGGCACGUCCAGCAAGCCGGCCCCCAAGCUCUCCAAGAAGGAGCGCCUGCGCCUGAAGAAGGCAGCGCGGCGGGCGGAGCGCGCCCAGGGCUCCGACGACGAGGAGCUUGCGCUGGCAGGCAAACCGGUGGCAGGCGUGGAGGAUCCCCGCUUCUCGAGCAUUGUCACCUCGUCCCUGUAUGCCCUGGACCCCACGGACCCCCGAUACAAGGGCGAGAGCGCGACCCUGGCCAAGCAGGUGGCCAAGCUGCGGAAGGAGGGGGCGGCGGUGCCGACGGCGUCGGAGCCGGUGCAGCGGGAGCCGGCCGCGCCCAGCAUGGACGCCAUCGUGCAGUCCCUGAAGCGGAAGGCCAAGGAGGGCCGGCAGGCGGGGAAGAAGCCCAAGCCCGCACGGCUGUAG